AUGCCGGGAAUAUUUCCAAGUGGGCAGACUCUCGAGGCGCUCCCAGAACUCUCGCGAGACCUGUCGCCCGAAUUGCAUGCCGGGAGACGCCGUGGCCGCCUUCGCUCUGGCGGCGUGCGGGCUGGCUUGUGGGCCUUACCGUCCCUGCAGUCAGUGUGGGGACGUGAGCCAGCGGCAGGAGUCCUCAGGGCGCUGGCCGCCUUCCUCGAAGAGUCGGGGAAGCUGAAAGCCCCUGAGUGGGCGGGAGGCGGGGUGCCUAAGGCACGGGCUUCGCGUCGUGAGGACGGCUUCGGCGUGCGAGCUGCGUGCCCAGCGCGGCACCUGUCCCUCCCCGGUGGCGCUGGCGGGAGCUCGGGGCCCGGGGCCCGCGGGGGAGCGAAAGCGACACUGCGACAUACCCAGCCACUUCAGCGCACGCCCCAAGCCCCGCAGGGGCUGGAAAUGAUGCGAAAGGACGAAGAUGGGGGCUGCGAACUGACCGCCAAGGGAGAGCCAGGCAGGCUGGCCGGACAGUUAUAAAGGGCAAUGGACAGGCUGAAAAAUGUUUCUGGUAGCUUGUGAUACUGACAGUUCAAAAAUGGAGAGAAAACAUGGGAAAUACAUAGUGAAUAUCGGACAUUCUGAAAAC